UUUAUUUACUUUGCCACAAAGAUUACAUGAAAAGAAUAAAUGAAACACCUCGCUUUAUUCACAAAAUAGGUUACAAAAAUUGGUAUUAUUGUGCAAGUUAUAAACCUGACGAUAAAUUAUUGAGUUGGCAACUUUGGGUUCUUCAAGUUUGAGGAUUGAGGUUACGUUUAUCAUUGAUAGGUUAUGUUUGACCGCAGCAUGUUUUUAUUUUGUUGAAUAUCAAGACUAGUUUAAUUUAAUCCAACCACAAUGAAGAAUAAACCGAUUCGUCACAAGGAUUCAAACACAUUUAAGUUCCAACCCUUUGCGGAACGCAUUGCUAACAUCGACAUAGACAUUUUCCACCGAGUGGGGCACAGCAAUGAGGCCGACGACGAGACCUCCGAAUGCUUUUUCCACCAAGCGAUGGAAAAUUGGAGCAUUCUUAACCUAACUGAGGGUUUCGAUAAUUUCAAGAAGGAAAUCAAAGCUCACACUUUAGUCACCCUUCCCCAACUUAUUCUGGACAAAGAACGCGUCGUUGAAGUCCUUUUGAAGCACUUAAGAUUGCGAAAUUUCUUAUCGUUACAACCGCUACUUGAUCUUGUCGUAGCAGUUGCGAAAGACUUACGCAAAGACUUUUACCAGUAUUACAAGCCCGUCCUUGAGGUUUUAAUCAGUUUAUUGAACACAAAAAACACGGAACAACUCGAAUGGACGUUUACUUGUCUCGCUUAUAUUUUAAAAUUUGUGUGGCGGCCCCUUCUUAAGGACAUCACAACGGUGUUUGACACCUUUCUCCCACUAUUAUCAAACUCUCAGCCUGACUAUAUUCACAAUUUUGCGGCAAGUAGUUUCGCUUUUAUUGCACGAAAAGUCAAAGACUGGCCCACUUUUCUCUCCCACGUCCUCAAAUCGGUGAAAAAUCGAAAAGACGGAGUCGACGGCUGCGGAAAAUUAUUUUUUGAGGUGGUUUCGGGCGUCGCAGGCCAGUUUCACAGUUGCGCUGAGACAAUCCUACCACUAUUUCUGGAAAGCCUCUCAAAUGCGAAAUUCCCCCAAAAUAUACUUUUCGAAAUUUUGGAAAAAGUCGUGGAGAAUAUCGUCGAAAAUAUUCACCCGCAAAAGGGGCAACUCUGGUGGGAUUGUCUGAUCGGCCGACUUGAUUCGUUAUUAAACAAUCCGGAAAAAAGCGCGAAAGAAAUUGAGCUCGUUUUGAGAUUAUUGGGUCAAAGUAUCGAGUACCGAAACGGCAAAUUUUUACAAAACAAUUCCCCCGUAAUUAAACUAAUUUUUGAUAUUUUUAAUUGUGAUUUGCCCGAUUUUGUACUUCAGACAGCAACAAAAAUCGCAAUUCUAUUAUUACUAGCGAAAAACAUAAAAUUGACACAAGAACAAGCGUCGGGGAUUACCCGAAAAGUCUUAAAUUUACCACAAGAGCAAAUUUUGUUAUAUUUUGUGUCAAACGUUUCCGAAUUUUCGGCGUUUGAAGCUUUGGUACUUCCCACAUUUUUGCAACAUUGCGUCAAGACUGGUUUAAAUAAUGACAGUUUGAAAGUUUUAACCGAGUUAGUUUUGAAAAAGGCGCCACUUUCUAAUUGCGGUAUUAAUUUACCUAAAUGGGGGAAAUACCCUCUCGAUUUCCGGAAUCAAACGAUUGAAACAAAAUUUCUCAACCAUUUGAAUUUUAGUGAUUUUCAUAAUUAUGUCGCCGCUUUGAUUUGCGUGCCACAUUUGAAUUUGACAGACGUGUCACAGGUGACUGGGAUUUUAAGCGAAAAUAUAAAUAAGUUUUUAACACAAAUUGAAACCGGACAAUCAAACAUAACUAAUGUUUUAUUUCUGUUAAAUAGCACAGUCGAGUGUCUCAUUCAUUUGAACGAAAUUAGUUACUUGAGUGACAAUUUCGACCGCAUUUUUGACACAUUAGCGCCAAUUUCGAGUUUACUGUCAUUAAAAACCAUCGAUUUUCUCAUUACGGUGCUCAAGGACCGCCCACACGUCAUAAACAUGGCAACGUUGCGUAAAAUCACGGCCAAUCUCGUGUCAGGGUUUAGUUCCCCCCACCACGAAAUUCGCCUAGUCACCGCCCACCUCUAUUCCCUCUUCGAGGAUUUGCCAGAAUUCGAUUUAAGACACUCCUCCGAUCCCGACACGCCCAAAGAAAAGUUUCAAAUUUUUACGAUUUGUUACAAAAUCGAAUCAAUUGAAUCGCAAGUUCAAACAUACAGAGACCAAUUGCAAAAUUUGGAGAAACUAAAUUUUGAUAAACCUCAAAUGAUUAUGUGCCUCAAGACCGAAUUUCGAACGAUUCCGUUGCGGUACUUGUGCGGUACGCUUUAUAUUAAUUUCAAGUUGUUGUGGGAGCCGGUGGUUCAAAUAAUUGAGGGUCAUGCACACGGAUUGGAGAUUGGGGAGUUUUGGGAGGUGUUUGGGGCGGAGCUAAGGACGGUCGUGGGCCGGGUUAGGGACGAGGGAGAGAAAGGGGAGGAGUUUGACGCGAAAUGGGAGGUAAUUAAUGAGUUGUGGAAAAAGAGUGGGGAGUUCAAGUCAGGGCCCGAUUAUGCCAAUUAUAGACUUUUGUUAUGGAAGGCUUUGGGUUUGUUUCCGGAUAUCGCGGAAGCCAAAACUAGGGACGUGUCAGACUUGCUGCUAGAUUUUAUCGAAAAGGAGUACACUAAAAAUAAUUCAGCGGUGGCCACGAAUUGGAAUAUUAGACAAAAUACGAGUCAGGAAACCGAAACAGAUGAAGGGUUAGAGGACGAAAAACAGGAAACUAAGCCAAAAAAAGGGAAAUCGAACUUGCAGGUUCUGCUCACGUGUCUACCAGUUUUUACUAAAAUUCGAAGUCCAAAGUCAAUAUAUCGUGAGCCUGAACUCGCCAAACUCUAUUUUGACUUCCUCCAACACAAAAAUUCGCAAGUCCAAAAACUGGCCUUGGACUGCAUCAUGACGUACAAACACAAAUUUUUGACACCGUAUAAGGACCACUUGUAUAACUUGGUCGAUGAUAAAAAUUUCAAAAAUGAGUUGGCGGCUUUCCAAAUCGAUAAAGAGAGUGGUACUAUCCAAGAGGAACAUCGUGACGAUUUAGUACCGCUGAUUAUUCGUAUUGUCUUCAGUAAAAUGAGUACUAAAACCGGUUUAAGGACCGGCGGAAAGUCCUCAGGACAGUUGAGGCGAAAUUUAGUGCUCCGGUUUUUGGCCGGUUGUCAAGACAAAGAAAUGUUGGCUUUCGUCAAAAUGGCCUUUCAGUACUAUUCGAAAUUUUUGGACGAUGAUCCUCAAGUUAUGGUUAAAGGACUCGAGUCCAUAACUUUAGAAAGCUACAUUCCCCCGAAAAGACUACAAAGUGCAAUAAACCUCCUCAAUGUUAUUCUCGACCAGUUUGGUGGUUUGAUGGGAAAUGAACUCCUAACGUUCAUACUCCAAAUAGUAUUAAUAAUUGGAGGCGUCCUCAAAAUCGCUUUUGGCCAAAUCGGUAACGUCCAUGCAGGCUAUUUGGCCAUUUUGAGGACUUUGAGGACUGGAGCAAUUAAACUAGUGGAACGUUUCUUCGGACAAUUCGAGCGUUACCAAUGGACUAACAAACAAAUUAAUGCGAUUUUCCACAUUUUUGUUUGGCCUUAUUUGGACAAAUUGAACGUCGAGGGAAUACAUAGUCCCACAACUUUACUAAAACUGUUCGUUCAAUGGGGUUCCAACCCGCGAUAUUUCUCUCUUUUGGUCAAACAUGAGGAUGGUAGACAAGACCAGUAUGUUCUUCCGCACGUUAUUCGGUUGUUACUCAAUCCAAAGAGUCACAUAACUGUGGUUAACGCAAUUGAGGAGAUGGUCGAGAAGUUGUUGACGCUACAAGCCGACGAAGAGGAUUUGCAGCUUGUAAUCCCAGUGGAUAACCUCCUACCAGUCCCUCAACAUAUCCUCGAUCGGAUUAAAUUAGACGACAAGUUGAACUACGGAAGUUGCAUACUUUUACCUUUUGUUUCGUCGAUUUUGGAAAAGAUCCAGAGACGUCUAGAUGGGAAAAACAAGAAUUUGAAUCAGAGGGUACUCUUCAUCUUGUCGUGGAUAUCAGAGUUGGUGUGGGAAGCUGAUAUUAGUGAUACCACCCUCAAAUUAUUGCUUCCACUCGCUUUGAAACGUUGCUCGACUCCGAUUGGUGAAGAAAUCGUAGUUCAGUUAUUGACAACCAUCAGCAAUCUAGUUGGCAAUGUUGCCAACCCUUGUGCACAUUUAAAACAAAUAACGCCUUUGUUUGGCGAAGUCAGUUGUGCGUCCGGUCGCAAAAUUCUAGUCAAAGUGCUUAAAAUAUGUUUGAAAGAGUUUGGACCUGAUCUGGUUGACGGUUUGAACGCUUUUGACACCAAAUGGUUGGACCAACCCGAUUUCCAACGCCGCCAUGAUGCGUUUAAAGAGGUUCACAAAGCGAUAGAUGAGGGACGAAUUGACUUAGAUCUUGGUGUUUUACUCGCUUAUAAUUGCUACUAUUUGCUCAAAAGCGAGAAGGACCUGUCGAUGAAAGAGAAUUCGACCCAUUGUUUGAAACAACUGUGCCCCUACUUGAUUAACAAGUAUCCAAAACAGGUGGAUUACAUCCUAAAUGACACUAUUUUUAAUUUGGUUCGGAACGGAAUGAAGAGCCGAAAUGACGAUUUCCGGAACGAUUGUAUCCUGUUACUAGGGCAUUUGGCAAAGGAAUGUCCCGAUAGUCACGUGGUGUUGCGCGAUUUGAACAAAUACACCAAUAAAAGUGACCCCGAGGUUGAUUUUUUCGAAAAUAUCACGCAUCUGCAGCUUCACAGACACGCAAGGGCUUUACUCAAAUUUUGCUCGAUAACGAAAGAUUUGACCAACUUGCCCAAUAUUCGCACUUUGACUCAAUUUAUUUUACCGCUGGCUUCGCACUAUUUGUGUAAUGAGAAAUACGUGGGUAAAAACAGUGUCAUUGACGCGUCGAUUGAGUGCUUAGGAACGAUCUGUAGGAUCUUGCCAUGGCACCAAUACGAAGGUCUCUUAAAAUUCUAUUUGCGGAAGCUUGGGAGAAGCGUCGAGUAUCAAAAACAGUUGGUUCGGGUGACUGUGGCCAUUUUGGAUGCGUUCCAUUAUGAUUUGAGCAAGGCGCAAGCUGGGGAGGAUGUAGCCUUGACCGCGCCGAAACCGGAAGUUGAAGAUUUAGGACCGGAAACUGGUCUAGAACAUGAGGAUAGGGGUGGCGAUGAGGAAGGGGAACCACAGAAUGAGGAUGUAGCCCCCAGUGAGGAGAAAAAUCAAAGUGAAGAUUUAGACGAGGAACCACUUCUAGAUGAUGGAGAUGCUCUAAAGGAUGAGGAAGAGGACGCUGAUGAUAAUCAAAGUGUGAAACUUUGUGAGAAAGUGACAGUUUUGUGCAAAUCAACAGCUACAAGAGUGACUCGAAGCAUCCAAAUCGUGCUUUUGCCUCAAUUGCAUAGAUCCUUGGCCGAGUUGACUCACUAUGACACUUCGCAUAAAGUCAACCGCAAGAAAACAAGUGCCGAACGCGAGGAGGAAGAUUUGCUCCGAGUGCCCAUAUCUUUGGCUUUGGUUAAGUUGUUGCAAAGAUUACCGAAAGCAAUACUCGAAGCUAAUUUGCCUGGUAUUUUCAUGAAGCUUUGUACGUUUUUGAAGUCACACUUGGAGAGUGUCCGGCGCGUUACACGAGAGACGUUACAAAAAAUAAUGCAGACCUUAGGUCCCGAUUAUUUGGGGUUGCUUUUGGGCGAAAUGACUCCUCUUUUAAACCGUGGUUUUCAAGUCCAUGUCCUCAUAUUUACAAUUCACGCAGUCCUCAAUUGCCUCAAACCCAUGUUUGAGGCUUACCACAUCGAUAAAGUUCUUCUGACAGUUUUGCAGUUGUGUCAAGCCGACUUGUUUGGGAGCCUUUCCGAGGAGAAAGAAGUCGCCAAGAUUGCAGUCAAGACUUCUGAAGCCAAAAGCACCAAAAGUUUCGACACGUUCCAAAUUUUGGCACAAUACAUCACCGACAAGUGCCUCAUGGACCUCAUUCUACCAAUCAAAAACGUCCUACAAGCCUCACACUCGUACAAAACGGUGUACAAGGCCGAGGAGUGCCUCCGUCACGUGGCUCUAGGUCUGGUCGAUAAUGAGUUUAUCGAAAUCAAGUCACUUCUGAUUUUUGCUUACGGUACCGCAUCCGAAAGCAUUCCCGAACUAGUCGCCCAAACCAAGCCCCAGUUGAGCGACAAAGAAAAACAAAAGAAGCAACGCGAGCGUGUUGAUUGCUACAUCAUUCCCAAAGCACCGACUGGUCGUUCGGGCGUUCGCAACGUCAAGUCGUCACUAAAAACAAACGCGUAUCUACUGGUCGAGUUUGGUUUGCGUCUCUGCUACGUCCUCCUGAAACGCGAGAAAUUAAAAGACGAGGCCUUUAACCCGUUCCUUGACCCCUUUAUCCCAGUCUUCCUCAACUGUCUCACCUCCAAACACGUCAAGUUGAGCACUUUGACCCUCCAAUGCCUCACGUGGGUCAUGAAGUACGACUUACCCUCUCUCAAAGACAAAAUCGCAACGAUCUCGUCAAGUAUUUUCGAGAUUUUGCACAAAUACGCCUCUGCUGGACUCAGCAAAGGCGAUAAUUUCGACCUAGUGGUUGCCGCGUUUAAGACCAUGGCGGUGCUUGUGCGUGACGUCAAGUAUCAUACUAUUGAUAAGGAACAAUUGAAGGUUUUGUUACUCUAUGCCGAGCAGGAUAUGCACGAUCAUGACCGACAAGCUACAGCUUUUAACCUUCUCAAGGCCAUUAUCGCCAGGAAGCUAGUCGUGCCGGAGAUACACGAAGUGAUGGCGAAAGUGGCCGAGUUGAGUAUCACGUCGGAGCUGAGUCACGUGAGGGUGCAGGCGAGGGUUGUCUUUCAUCAGUAUUUGUUGGAUUAUCCUUUGGGCCACCAAGUGGAAAAUCAUGUUUCGUUCUAUUUGAAUCAAAUGAGCUAUGAGAUGCAGUAUGGGCGAGAGUCGGCCAUUGAGAUGAUCAGUACUUUGAUUUCUUCGUUUCCUAAGAAAAAUUUGAUUAAAUACUCGGGGACACUUUUCGUGACCUUAGGGGCGCGUCUGGUCAAUGACGAGGCACCGGAGUGUCGCAAACAAGUCUCCGAGUGUCUUUCUUCACUCUUGUCUCGAUUAGGAAGAAAAGACUGUGAGGCAUUAUACGAUAUUGUGCUUCUCUGGCUCAAGGAUAAGAAGAUAAGUCAUCGCCGACUUGCCGCUCAAUUAUGCGGAAUUUUUGUAACAGUUGAGAAGGCUUUAUUCGAGUCAAGACUACCAAGUCUUCUUCCUCUAGUCUUGAAACAGUUCGGAUUAAAGGAAGAAGAAGAUGAAGAAGCGGAACGAAUCAAGGAUCACCACCUAUUCCAAUUGCUACAAAUGUUGCUCAAAAUUUGUAACAACUGUCCAAACUUCUUCAAACGUGAAGAAAUCGAAGAUUUGAGUAAACACAUCCAGGGCUUGCUGGGAUAUCCACACGAUUGGGUGAGAUUAGCUGCGGCUCAAUUCCUCGGUUUCGUAUUGGCUCAGACCGAGAUUGAGGAGUUGGCGCGUUUAGUAGCCAAUGGUGAGUCAGGGGGGAGUGGCUACUUGACGCGUGAGCCAAUCACAGCCAUCAAAGCACUGACCUUGGAUUUGUGCGACCAAUUACAACCCGGCAAUAUCAAGGCGGACUUGGCGGAACAAGUAAUCAAGAAUCUCGUUUUCGUAGCGCGGGUUUUACAAAAAGUGACAAGUGACAAAAUUAAUCUUUUGUGGUUGGUGAAGCGUAUGCGGAAAAUCGUAAAUAGUGAAAUUGUUGAGGGUUCGGGUACCGUUUUACGAACCGAAGUUUUCAAAUGGAUUGCUGCCGUAGUGACUGUGCUAGAUCUAGACACCAUUACCCCAAUUGUGACUCAUUUGUUGGCGCCUCUAGUGCGCGAAAUGGUCACAGUGGAGGAAAGCAACGCCCCCUUGAGACACCUCGCCAAAGAAGUGGGUACUUUACUCAAAAAACGCAUCGGUGUCGAGACCUACACCCAAACCCUGUCCCAGCUCCAACAGAACUUGUCCGUCAAGCGAGCCGAACGUAAGCGUUCGCGAACGCAGUUGGCCGUGACCGAUCCGGAGAGCUUCGCUAAAAAGAAGAUCAAGAGACACGAGAAGAAAAAGGAGGCGAAGAAACGCAAACUGGAGCAGUUGAAAGGCGCGAAAAGACAGUUCAAACGGCGGAAAGCCGUCGAUUUGGAUCCGGAAUCGGAAGUCAUGUGA